AAACGCGAAGAAAUCCCUAACAAUACUAUUAUGGUUAGGGGUUUGGCACCACAUAUAACAGAGAAAGAUAUUGUGUCCAAAUUAUCAGACAAUAAUUUGGCCGCAAAAGACAUACGUUUAAUGAGAAAGAAAGAAACAGGAGUCUCGCGUGGAUUUGCUUUCGUCGAGUUCACUAACAUUGAAGACGCCAUUCAAUGGAAGGAAUUAACUCAGGGAUAUUUGUACUUCGAUGAAGAAUGCGAGGCAUCCGUUCACUACAGUAUUCCUAAAGACAAUUUUAGUGGUGAUAAAAAUAUUAUGAAAAAUGAUUGGAUGUGUUAUAAGUGCGGAGUCAAUAACUUUAAACGUCGUGAAGAAUGCUUUAAGUGUGGAACACCUAAAGACGAGUCGCUCGCAAAUGAGACCGGAGAUGAAGUCAGUUUGAGUCCAACAAAUGCUCUGUUGUUAAGCAAACUAUCGGCGAACACAACCGAAGAAAAAAUUUUGACAAUUUUGGGUUCAAUCACUGCUUUACCCAUAAAAUCGAUUCGUAUUCUAAGAGAUGAGUUGUAUAACAUAUCUCGAGGCAUGUGUUUAGUAGAAUUGCACACAACUCUGGAGGCAUCACAACUGUUUACAUUACUUUCAUCGAUGAGUAUGGGUUUUGUGAUCGACGACAGUCCGGUUCAAGUGAAUUAUGGUAAACGAAACGCAACGAUGGGUCAAAUACAGACCAACUCGAACGCAGCGAUCGUUGCGUUAGCGGCCGCGCAGUGGAAGAACUUAGACGACGACUCUAAAGGCAUUGCAUCGCAUCCGAGCCAUAACUCGAGUCGAGGCGCAGCCAAUGGAGCCGACUAUCAAAAGUACGAAACACCGGACGUCUCGUCCUUUCAAUGGGACGAGUCUUCUGGUUAUUAUUACGACUCCACCACUGGUUUCUAUUAUGACUCGAAAACUCAAUACUUCUAUAAUCCGCAAAGCCAGCAAUACAUGUAUUGGGAAGACUCUAAACAAACAUAUUUAGCAAUUGAGUCAAAGAGUCAGACGAGUGAAGAGGAGAAGAAAGAUAAACCAAAAGAUGCGAAAUCAGAUAAAGUGAAAAUCGCUAAAAAGAUCGCUAAAGAUAUGGAGAAAUGGGCCAAAACUCUGAACCAAAAGAAGGAUACGUCUCGUACUUGGAUUCCUAACGAACCGCUCGUUACUAGCGAUAGUGUCCAAAGUUGUACGGCUGACGCGGGUUUCACAGUAUUGGAACAGCAGGUGUCAAAUGCCGAGACCGACACUUCUGUCUUCGACACAUUCCCUAAACAAGUGAUUCCUCACGAGUUGAAGGCAAACACAGAUAAUACGAAUCACUUCUGUUUAAGUGCUUAUGAAAUCAUAAGAGCAGAGGAGAAGCGGUUAACCGAUUGG